GAUGACGUUCUGAACAUGCGCGCGGCCAUCGCCGAGCUGAGCCUCAGUUUCACUUCAACGCGAGCUCCAAUGGACGUUCACAUCCUCUUCCAGGUUUACGACAAGAAUUCGUCCUUUGCUGCAUCUACCACCGAGCGCGAGCGUGUGCUCCGCAACAAGAUCCCCGAGGAGUUCCGGAACCUCACCACCCUGUGGAGCGAAGAUCAAAUGGCGGCCGAGUACCGCGGCCUGCCUCACACGAAUAUGAUCAACAAUAUGAGCCCACACACGUGGUACCGAUCUUCGUAUAUGCCUCUUCAGGUCUUCGCCAAGCAGCAUCCUGAGUAUUCGUUCUUCUGGAACUGGGAGUCUGACGUGCGCGUCAUCGGCGACAUGCGUAACGCAUUAGAACAAUUCUCGGACUAUGCUAAGGGGCAGCCCACAUCUCCGAAUCUGGAGGGCAUGGCGACGUGGCCCAUGACGGCGGCACAAGACAAUGCGCAUCAGUCACAGCAUCACGAUCUACAGCACGGCGUUGGAACGGAGGCAGACCUCAUCACUCUCAAUCCCAUCUCUGAUGUGCCUGGUAGCGGAUGGUACUGGGAGUCCGAUGUGCAAGGCUACAACGAAGAGGCCCUUCGCUUUCGCAAAUUUUCUCUGGGUCGCUCUGUGCGAUUCUCCAGGGCCCUACUCGAGAGCAUGAACAGGGCAAAUGCUGUCGACAAGCGCUCAAUGUUCACCGAGUCAUGGCCUGCGUCCCUAGUCCAUCACUCGCACCUGCCUGAUGAACCUUCGCUGCAGUACUCUCGUGGGACUCUGGCGCCCAGAAUGAAGGCAGUCUACGUGCCCCAUCCAGUCUUCACCAACCACGCUUGGGAUCCAGCAGUCCUGGAACGCUUCUUGACUCGCUCUGAUCUUUUCUGCCCCUUGGCAAGAAUCGGAACUCGGGACUUCACCUUCCACGACGGACCAAGCCAGGCUGACCACGAUGCAUACUCGGCAUGGCUGAGCGGAGCUUGCCGCACUCGCGCCCUAGUCCGAUCGCGUCAUUGA